UGGGGAAGGCGAGGACUUGGCCGAGCGCUGCCGCGGGUCCGCCGGGCCGGGGAGGGCGUCCGGCCCGCGCACGCUUGCCGCAGCCUCGCCGCGCCCAGAGACCCAUGUCGCGACCCCGGCCGGCCCCGAGUGGGCUUUCGAGUCGCCGGGUGUCUGAGCUGCGCGGGUGGCAGUGACAAGUCCGCCGGGCGUUAUGAGGACGGAUCUAAAAUGAUCAGCAGAAGGAGCGCUUUCCCGACGCCCCUCAGGAGAUCCAUCAGCGAGCAGCUACGGGACUCCACGGCCAGAGCCUGGGAUCUGCUGUGGAAAAACGUCCGGGAAAGACGGCUGGCAGAAAUUGAGGCGAAAGAAGCAUGUGACUGGCUCCGUGCCGCUGGGUUCCCGCAGUACGCCCAGUUGUAUGAGGAUUCACAAUUCCCCAUUAACAUUGUGGCUGUCAAGAAUGAUCAUGAUUUUCUUGAAAAGGACCUUGUAGAACCUCUUUACAGACGGCUAAACACAUUGAAUAAGUGUGCCUCAAUGAAACUUGAUGUGAACUUCCAAAGGAAAAAGGGUGACGACUCAGAUGAGGAAGAUCUUUGCAUCAGCAACAAAUGGACUUUCCAAAGAACCAGCCGCAGGUGGUCUCGUGUGGAUGACCUGCAUACGCUCUUUCCAGGGGGAGACAGAAAUGGGUCACCAGGAGGACCUAGGAUGAGAAACACCACCAGCAGUGAGAGCGUCCUCACAGACCUGAGCGAGCCUGAGGUCUGCUCCAUUCACAGCGAAAGCAGUGGCGGCAGCGACAGCCGGAGCCAGUCAGGCCAGUAUUGUGCCGACAGCCCGGCCAUGCUGGAGGCCACUCUAGUUGGCAGCAGCCUCCCACAAAACCCUCGAGACAUUCUCAACCACCCUUUCCACCCUAAGAAUGAGAAACCCACCAGGACCCGGGCCAAAUCAUUCUUGAAACGCAUGGAAACGCUCAGAGCCAAGGGAGCACACGGAAGACACAAGGGGCCAGGGCGGAUAGGUGGCGUGGUAAUCAGUGGACCUGUGUUGCAGCAGGAGCCAGAAUCCUUUAAGGCCAUGCAGUGCAUCCAAAUACCAAAUGGAGAUCUCCAGAACUCGCCCCCAGUUGCCUGCAGAAAAGGGCUUCCGUGCUCCAGUAAAUCCAGCAGUGAGAGCAGUCCAUCAGAGAACAGCAGCAGUGGUGUGAGCACUCCAUGCCUGAAGGACCAGAAAUGCCACUAUGAGGCCAACAAACGCGGGGGCAUGUAUCUGGAGGACCUGGAUGUGCUGGCAGGGACAGCACUACGGGAUGCUGGGGACCAAAACCACACACAUGGGUUUCACUCCCAGGAGAACUUGGUUGUGCACAUUCCGAAGGAUCACAAACCAGGAACGUUUCCCAAGGCACUUUCUAUUGAAAGCCUCUCGCCCACAGACAAUACCAACGGGGUUAACUGGAGGACAGGGAGCAUCUCACUGGGCAGACAACAGAGUCCUGGUACAAGGAACUCUGGGCUCAUGGCUUCUGGCCACAGAGCAAGCCGAGUCAGUAUCUAUGACAAUGUUCCUGGCUCUCAUCUGUAUGCCAGCACAGGAGACCUGCUGGACUUGGAGAAAGAUGACCUCUUCCCUCACCUGGAUGACAUUCUGCAGCAUGUCAAUGGGCUCCAAGAGGUGGUAGAUGACUGGUCAAAAAAUCUCUUGCCUGAACUGCAAUCUCAUGACACUGUGGUUGGGGAACCUGGUUUACCCCCCUUUCCAUCGCCUAAUUUGAUCACCUUAGAUUUUGAAGGCAACUCUGUCUCAGAAGGUCAGAUAACACCCAGUGAUGUGGAAAGAGAUGGAACAUCUCUGAAUGAAUCUGAAGCCCCAGGGGUCAGAGAAAGGAGGGAUUCUGGUGUUGGGGCAUCUCUGACCAGGCCCAACAGGAGGCUGCGAUGGAACAGCUUCCAGCUCUCGCACCAGCCUCGGCCGUCCCCAGCCUCGCCCCACAUCAGCAGCCAGACUGCCAGCCAGCUGAACCUGCUCCAGCGCUUCUCCCUGCUGCGCCUCACGGCCAUCAUGGAGAAGUACUCCAUGCCCAACAAGCACGGCUGGACAUGGUCAGUGCCAAAGUUUAUGAAGAGGAUGAAAGUUCCUGAUUACAAAGACAAAGCUGUCUUUGGCGUUCCUCUCAUAGUCCAUGUCCAGAGAUCAGGACAACCCCUGCCUCAAAGCAUUCAGCAAGCACUGAUCUACCUACGCAGCAACUGCCUCGAUCAGGUGGGUCUUUUCCGCAAGUCAGGAGUGAAGUCUCGAAUCCAUGCCCUACGUCAAAUGAAUGAGAGUUUUCCUGAGAAGGUCAGCUAUGAAGACCAAUCUGCUUAUGAUGUGGCAGAUAUGGUGAAGCAGUUCUUCCGGGACCUCCCCGAGCCACUUUUCACCAACAAGCUCAGUGAGACCUUCCUCCACAUCUACCAGUUUGUCCCCAAGGAGCAGCGGCUACAGGCUGUGCAGGCUGCCAUCCUGCUGCUGGAAGAUGAGAACAGGGAAGUCCUGCAGACACUUCUGUGCUUCCUAAAUGACGUUGUCAAUUUGGUGGAAGAGAAUCAGAUGACACCCAUGAACUUGGCUGUGUGUCUAGCCCCCUCCCUUUUUCAUCUUAAUUUAUUGAAGAAAGAAAGCUCUCCAAAAGUCAUCCAGAAGAAAUAUGCCACUGGGAAGCCAGAUCAAAAGGACCUCAAUGAAAAUCUGGCUGCAGCUCAGGGGCUUGCCCACAUGAUCAUGGAAUGCAACAAACUUUUUGAGGUCCCACAUGAGAUGGUGGCCCAGUCUCGCAGUUCCUAUGUAGAAGCUGAAAUACACGUGCCUACUCUAGAGGACUUGGGCACGCAGCUGGAAGAGAGUGGAGGAACUUUCCACACUUACCUGGAUCAUCUUGUCCAAGCUCUCCAGAAAGAAGCCAAGGAGAAGUUCAAAGGAUGGGUCUCAUGCUCCAGUGCUGACAACACAGACCUUGCUUUCAAAAAGGUUGGGGAUGGGAACCCGCUGAAGCUGUGGAAGGCAGCUGUGGAGGUGGAGGCACCCCCCUCCGUGGUGCUGAACCGUGUGCUGAGAGAGCGCCACCUGUGGGACGAAGACUUCGUGCAGUGGAAGGUGGUGGAAACGCUGGACAGGCAAACCGAAGUCUAUCAGUAUGUGCUGAACAGCAUGGCCCCUCAUCCCUCCCGAGAUUUCGUGGUUCUCAGGACCUGGAAGACUGACCUACCCAAAGGAAUGUGCACCCUGGUAUCCCUCUCUGUGGAGCAUGAGGAAGCCCAGCUCAUGGGUGGUGUACGGGCAGUGGUGAUGGAUUCUCAGUACCUGAUAGAACCAUGUGGCUCUGGCAAGUCCAGGCUGACCCACAUCUGCAGGAUAGACCUGAAAGGUCAUUCCCCAGAAUGGUACAGCAAAGGCUUUGGACAUCUUUGUGCAGCAGAAGUUGCCAGGAUUAGAAACUCUUUUCAGCCUAUUAUUGCAGAGGGUCCAGAAACUAAAAUCUGAGUUGCCCCCAGUGUGACAUCCAACUCAGGGAACAGGAAGCUGAAACAAACGCUGUGGCAGAGAGUGUGCAUGUGAGAAAGCAAGAGCGAGGCACUGGUGGACAUGGUUAAUGCUUAAGAAUGGAAACACUGAGGAGUCAGAAUGUCGAAGAUGCAAGAAUCUUCUGAGAACUUUUCUAGCCAUCCUGGAGAUGGCUACAUCCCUAGUAAUAUAAUAUUUUUAAAAACCAAAACAUUAAUCUAUAUUAGUUAAAAUUAAAUGGAUUAUUCUUGUGCAUUGCCUAAUUUGCUAUUUAAAGGCUUCUAAGAAGCAUAUUCUUAACUGUAAAUAAAUGUAUAUGUAACAUAUGUACAUAUGUGUGUAUAUCUAUCUUUACUGUAUAUGUGUAAAAUAUCGAUUCUAUAGAUAAUUGAGUGUCUGACUCAGUGAGUCUUUUCCUCACAUAGCUCUUCCCAAGAUGUUUUGGACCCCUUCUCCCCAAUGUCCCAUAAGCUGAAAAGAGCCUCCUGCUAACACCCAGGUGUGAACAUGGAUAGUCUAUCCAUCUAUCUUGAUAUCCAGCCAAAGACUAGCUAACCAAAAAAAUAGCGUGAAAGGGUCUUUAUGCAUUUUAAUAGUUUGCUUUUGUUGUUCAAAACCUGAAUGUAGAGUAUUGGAGAAACACAAGGGAAAAAAUAUUUACUCCUCUUUAAAGCAGUGGGUGAGAAGUUACUGCCAAAUUUGAAGCUUGAUUACAAGUUGUCUUUGGACUCUGCAAAUACAAUUUCAGUGAGAUAUCAGAUGGGCCACUGGAAUAAACAGUGGUGACUGAAACAGAACCAGUUUCCCUCCAGGUAGGGUUGAAUACCAGAGCCUUUUCAUAUUUACAGCCAAAGGGAGCCUCUGUGUUGUCUCAAGUUUUCAUAUAUACUUUUUAUAAGGUUAUUAAAUGUUCUUCUAUUUGACCAGUGGCCUAUGUGGUCACAGAUAAUCAGCAUUUUCUUACCAAUGUAUUGCACUGAAUUUGAACCCAGACACCAGACAAAAAGAAAUGGUCUUUUAAGAGUCUUGGGCCAUUGUUGCUUCAGGGAAUUCAUUUUGUGCUAUGUAUGAUGCUCCUAAAAAAUGAUUCACUAUAACGUUACAGUUUAAAAGAGAUUUUUAACUAACACAUGUCCAAAACUAUAUUCUUAUUAAUUAGUUUUAGAAAGUAUAAACAUAUAUUAAUUCUAUGUCUCUUCAUUAGCUACCUAUCCAUUUGACCCUACCUUAUUUAUUAAUAUUGUACAGGCUAAGCAAAUUGACUUUUCUUAACCAACUGUGAAUGGAUUUAGUUGGUUUUUUAUUGUAAUUCAACACUUGUAGAGAGAAAAAUAACUUAUUGUCUUUGAAUUAAAGACCGAAACUUUCUUUGAUUGUCCAUAAUAGAGACUGAUAUCAUGGUUUAGUAACUGGUAUUGGAAGAAAAGAAGCAAAACAAAUGAAUGUUUUCAUUCUUUUUGUAUAGUAUGCAUUUAUGUAAUACUUUCUCUUACCAACAAAGUGCAAUUGUCAUAUUGGUAGGAAUAUGCUACCUGUGAGUUUGGUAUGGUGCAUGAGAAAUCCUACUAGGAAUGUUUCAUUCCCACGUCCACCUAAGAAGGCAGCAGUAACCCACAUUUCACUGUUUGGACUCUGUCAAGAAAUUCACUUCUACCAUCACAUCUUAAAUUAACCAUAUAUGCCGGAUCACUUCUUAGGUAUUGAUAUGAUGAUUACUGAAGUUUAAUCUAGCUAAACACUGGUCCCACUCCAGAAAUGGGAGUGUGUUUAAAACAGCAUCAGCACACUAGGAUGCAUGGCAUUGUGUCCUACAAUGCAGGCUUCUCCAACCUUAGUAUGCACAGGAGCCCCCUGGGAACUGUGUUAGAAUGCAUGCUCUGGCUCAGGCUGUCUGGAGUGGGCCUGCCACUCUGCAUUUCUCAUGAGCCUCAGGAAUGCCCAUGCUGCUACCACAAGGACACACUGAGAAACAAAGACCCAGAGGAUACUUAAAAUAAAACCAAAUAUGACCCUAUUUCUGACUCCCUUCUCUUCCAGUUACCUGACUUUAAUUUUAUGCAUGUACUAAUCACAUCACUGCUGCUUAACAAUAUGGUGCAUUUUUAAAAUAAAGGGAGGAACAAAAGGAAAAAAGAUGCAUCAAGCUUAUUUGUCAAAUACUAUAGUAUUUUAUGCAUUGUUAUCUUGCCAAUGGAAAUGAAAUAUAUUGCAUUUAAAUAUUAUAUUUAUACCUCAUGUAUAUUUUACCUCAAUUGUUGGUAUCAUUCAUCAAUUGUAAAUAACUAAUUGCCAAGGUAA